UGUGAAUGGUUGUUUGUCUAUAUGUGCCCUGUGAUUGGCUGGCCACCAGUCCAGGGUGUACCCCGCCUCUUGCCCGAAUACAGUUGGGAUAGGCUCCAGCACCCCACACGACCCUCGUGAGGAAAAGCGGUAGAAAAUGAAUGAAUGAAUUUAUUCUUUGUAUCAUAGAAUUAUUGAACCAUAGAUAUUGUGUCAAGAAUCCUACAGUAACGGGGGACUUUUGGACUGUUGGGAAACUGUUGGGACUGGGUCCUGGGCAUGACCGUAAAAGGAGAGUGAGAGUACCUCAUCAUCUGGUCCGGAAUGUUAGCACCUGUGUAGGGUCCCAGCCAGGGUGGACUGGAUAGCAGGAUAGGAAUUAAAGGUAAUUGCUAUCAUAUACCUUAUGAUACAAAUAUAACAAUGACAAAAAUAGCUCAUAUUUGUUCCAUUUUUUGUCAGUCCAAUGCUAUAAAUAUUUAUGUAAGAGCUUAAGUGAUUUUGGUUAUUGUCAACAAACAUGGAAGUUGUUGUAUUGUUGGUUACUACCUGUUUUUGUUAUCAUGAUAUCUGCAGAUAGAUCCCAUUGGGAUGCAGUAGGUGGCGGUAAUGCGCCUUUUACGCCUUAAAAUAAAACGAAGAAGAAAGCAAGCGAAAUUCGUGCACCAAGAUGGCGGUCUGAACGGCUGUGUUUUUCCCUCAGCGAGAGUUUUUAUAGAUUCACAUCAAAUCUAGCAAUGAACAAAUCAAAGAUCGAUCUUUUGUAAGAACCGGAAAGCGGAAGUUGAAUUUGGAGUGCUAUUUAAAGUGUAGAUUGAGGAUUUAUAGAAGAUGGAACAUUGCUACCUUAAAAUGGCGACGAAGGCAGCGGACGUGGAACGUGAAAGUCAAAUAAAGAAGCCGGAAGAGCAGAAAAAAGGCAUUUUCAAGGCUGCUAUUCCACCACACGAUCCGGAGGAGAAGAAUAAACUGUUGCUGAUCAUCGAGCAGGCAAGAAAGGCUGGGAAACUUCCUUACGUCAACGUGCAGAGGACCGGAGAUAUGGAGCAGCUGAUUGGUCAUCAAGAAGGAUCUCGUCUUCAGCUCCUGGGGCAGCGCCCCACUUUGAAGCAGGAGAAUCAACAGCCCUCCCAAGUUAAAGAAGAAGAGGAGGACCUUUGGAUCACUCAGGAGGGAGAGAGUCUUCUCCGUCCGAAGGAGGCUGAUCUCAGCAAGUUGCCACUCACUGUUGUUUGUGUGAAGACCGAAGACCAUGAAGACGAACCACCUGAGUCCUCACAGCUUCAUCACAGUCCAAGUGAGGAGAACAGAGGGGCGGAGCCACAACACAUGACAACAGAAGCCGAUGGAGACCACUGUGGAGGAUCCCAAGCAGACAACCUCUUAGCUCCGCUAUCAGAUAGCGAUGACGCAACAUCACACUCUCCUGAUGAUGAAGACUGGGAAGGUGACAAUAAACCCGCUGACUGCUCUGAACAGACGUUUCCUGUUAGCUGCUCAGUUUGCGCUAAAAACUUUUCCGCAAAGUAUAAAUUGACACAACACAUGCGGGUACACACAGGAGAGAAACCUUUUUGUUGCUCAGUGUGCGGUAAAAGAUUUAAUCGCAAUACAGCUAUGGUAUCCCACAUGAGAAGGCACACUGGAGAGAAACCCUUUAGUUGCUCAGUUUGCAGCCAAAGCUUUUCUCACAGGAACAGUUUGAAUUAUCACAUGCUGAAACACAAAGGAGAAAAACCGUUUGCUUGCUCUGUUUGCGGGCAAAGAUUCUCUCAAAGGUGCGGCCUGGUAUUGCACAUGAGAAUACACACAGGAGAGAAACCGUUUGCUUGCUCAGUUUGCGGUCAAAGCUUCUCCCGGAAUACGACUAUGGUAGUACACAUGAGAACACACACAGGAGAAAAACCUUUUAGUUGCUCAGUUUGCGGUCGCAGAUUGUGUUCCAAUUCAGCGCUGGUAUCGCACAUGACAAUACACACAGAAGAACGCCACGUUAGUUGUUCCAUUUGUGGUCAAAGGUUCUCUCGAAAGUCAAAUAUGGUAGCGCACUUGAGAAUACACACUGGAGAAAAACCUUUUAGCUGCUCAGUUUGUGGUAAAAGUUAUUCGCAUAAGAUCAGUUUGAACGUACACAUGCAGACACACAGCAGCAGAUAAAGGAUUUCUUGUCCAGUUGGUGCCAAAGAACUGUCAUAUCAAUAAAGUUUUAUGAUCCUCAUAAGUCCCAAGAACGUGCUGAGCUAUUAUACAACUAUCAUUGAUUGAGAACAUCAUGGCUUUUCACACAAAAUUGUGUUUGUGUUGUGAUAAUGUUUAUGUCUCCCCAAGUCUGUUUUUAUUGUUUGUAUUUGUAAAUAUUUGGACUAUUAUGGUCUGCUGUGUCUUUAAAAUAUACUUCUUCUGAGACCAGGUGAUACAAUUGAAUGAUCUGGGCAAACAACCUGGACUGGUGGCCAGCCAAUCACAGGGCACAUAUAGUCAAACAACCAUUCACACUCACAUUCAUACUGAAUUUGGAGUCGCUAAUUAACCUAGCAUGUUUUUGGAAUGUGGGAGGAAACCGGAGUACCAGGAGAAAACCCACGCAUGCACGGGGAGAACAUGCAAACUCCACACAGAAAUGGCCGAGGGUGAUACAAACCCGGAAUUCUGGCUGUGUGGCCAACAUGCUAAUUGCUAGGCAAUUGUGCGACCCAUCAGUGUAGUUGAACCAACCAGCAUUCUCAAUUAAUAAUUUAGGAAGCUACUAAGUUAAAUAUGAAAAACAAUAGAGAAAAAAAAAAUCAGUCAAAAGUAGUCUAACAAGACAUUUUACGAGAAUAUAAUAUGAGAAAAAAGAAUGUCAUUUUAGUAGCAAUUAGUUGUAGGAAAAGUUCAAGUUAACAUUAUAAAUUUAAAGUUAAAGUUAAAUUUAGGAAUAAAUUCAUAAUUAUGACAAUUUACUAGUAUAGAGCUGAAUUUGUUGGAAAAUGACAUCAGAAAUGGAAAAAAAGUGUAAUUUGCAAAAAUAUUAAGAGAAAAGAGUCGCAAUUCCACGAGAGAGUAAUGACUUUUGUUAUGUCGUAAUAUGAGAAACAAAACCAAAACAUUGUGGAAAAUUAGUUUGGGCCAAAAAGUUAAUAAUAAUAUGGGAAUGAAGUCACACGCUUAUUUCAAAUAAAUAAACAAUUAAAAAAAUAUAUUAUAUAUAUAUCUAUAUGUAGGUACACACUGUACAAUUAUAUUAAGAAAAAAAUAAUAAUUAAAAAUUUAAUUAUUAAAUCUGCUUUAUUUGCUAUUUAAAAAAUCCGCAAAAUACACCCAAAGAAAGUAAGAAAAUUUACAAUUAUUAGACCAAAGACUGAAAUUCAUGCUAAUAAUACACUUUUUCACCAAUACCACAAAGAUGAGAUGCGUUUGUUUUUUUUUUACUGGAAAAAUACAUAUAACUUAAUUGCAUAUCUACGCAUGUUUUGCUUUACAAAAUAUGUUUUCUGGGGAAAAGAGUCCUGCUUUCAUGCCUCACUAAUAAAGCGAAACAUGGAUGUUUGGAUCUUUUUGGCUGCUCCUUUUUGGUGACAAACUCUUGCAAAAUGCCUGUGUUUUCCACAUCCAUAACAGGUCGUCAUAGCGACGGUUAACCUCCUAAAUUUGGCAUAAUGUCCAACAUUCUUAGCUUGUUGCAUGUUGCUUUUAGACUUGGUCUGUGUUGUAUGAAUUGAGGUAGGCCUUUUAGCACCGUUGCUAAAAGUAGCUUUUAUCGCUAAUACCCUUUCUCAGAGAGGUCACUGCUUGUUUAGCUCAAAUGAUGUAAUCUGUCACAUUUGAAGAUGUCAGUUCUGUGUACGAUUGGUCUGGUCUUACCCACCCUGGCGUAGUGGCUGUCAUCGUCUGUGUGUUGACAAAACAACUGUUUAUGUUACAUAAACACUGGACACCUUUUCUGUUCAUGUUUAUUUUUCGUGUAGCUAAAUAAGCAUUGUGUUAGCAUAUCUUACACCUUUUCAGGCUGUUCUUUAUUCUUUUAUUAUUGUUAGAACUUGCCUUCCAAGAUGACGUAAUGUCUGUUUUGGUCAAGUAGUUUGGAAAAUAA